GCCUUACGCAUACGCUGCGUCGCCUUCGCGAUUUGUCCGGAGCACGAUAGACCGCCGCCCCCGAUCGCCUGAUUUGUUUGGCGUAGGGCUGAGCUUAAGAACGCCGACAAAGCUAUUGACAACGAGCUUCGAACACCCCCUUUUCGAGCUACAGACACUGCGCAUACCGAUUUCAAGGGCUUGAGAGAGCUUGAACGGCAAAGAUGACGCUCGCCGAGGAGUUUAGGUCGCGGAAUUUCAGUAUCUAUGGUCAAUGGACCGGAGUGCUCUGCAUAUUCCUCUGCUUCGCGCUCGGAGUCGCAAACAUCUUCCACGUCGGCUUCGUCAUCGCCUUCAGUAUCAUAUGCUUAGUAUGCGCAUUCCUCAUCAUAUUCAUCGAGAUCCCGCUCCUCCUCCGCAUCUGCCCGACUUCCCCAAAGUUCGACGCCUUCAUCCGCCGAUUCGAAACAAACUUUAUGCGCGCCGCCAUCUACGGCGUCAUGAGUCUUGUGCAAUGGCUCAGCCUCUUGGCUAAGCCCCGGCCGACGAGCUUGAUCGCCGCUGCCAUCUUCCUAAUGUUCGCGGCUGCCUUCUACGCGCUUGCUGGUAUCAAGGGACAGGCGUUCCAGGGCAGCAAGACGCUGGGUGGCCAGGGCGUCGCGCAGAUGAUCAUAUAGCGGGGAGAAGAAGGAGCAAGACGGAAUGUGGAAAGCAUUGCAGGAGAGAUGAGGGUGCCGGAACUGCAGAGGAGACGGAAGUUUGACGUUGAUGGGUCACAAUUCCAUAUGAGCGACUACCAUUGCAGUUCGUCAACGCGGUCGAAUACUCUACCUUCCGCGAGGGUUUGAAGGAAUACUAUUAUUGAAGGCGAGGGUUCA